GAUGACGUAGAAGCGCUGGUAUCUUUGCUGCGACGGUCUGCUGCCACUAGCAAGGGUGCUAUCGAUCUAGCUAGCUUCGUAGUAAAGAUGUCUGAUAUGGAAGAUGACUUCAUGUGCGAUGAUGAAGAGGAUUAUGAUCUGGUAAACUCCUCAGAAGAAUACUCGGAGGACAGCAACUCUGAGCCCAAUGUUGAUUUAGAGAAUCAAUACUACAAUUCAAAGGCUCUGAAGGAGGAUGACCCCAAAGCAGCUCUCAUCAGCUUCCAGAAGGUCUUAGAGCUGGAGGGUGAGAAAGGAGAAUGGGGUUUCAAGGCCUUGAAACAGAUGAUUAAGAUUAACUUCAAACUGACAAAUUUCCCUGAAAUGAUGAACAGGUACAAGCAGCUGUUGACAUACAUCCGGAGUGCAGUUACAAGAAACUAUUCUGAAAAAUCCAUCAAUUCCAUCCUUGAUUAUAUCUCAACGUCAAAGCAGAUGGACUUGCUGCAAGAGUUUUAUGAAACAACGUUGGAUGCAUUAAAGGAUGCCAAAAACGACCGGCUUUGGUUUAAAACCAACACUAAACUUGGGAAGUUGUACCUGGAGAGAGAAGAGUAUGGUAAGCUUCAGAAGAUCCUGAGGCAGCUGCACCAGUCCUGUCAGGUGAAGAAACACUCCUCAUCAAUGCAAUCAGAGGUUUUCACAGAGACGGAUGACGGUGAGGAUGACCUGAAGAAAGGCACCCAGCUCUUAGAGAUCUAUGCUCUGGAGAUCCAGAUGUAUACGGCCCAGAAGAACAACAAGAAGCUGAAGGCGCUGUAUGAACAGUCUCUACACAUCAAGUCUGCCAUCCCUCACCCUCUCAUCAUGGGAGUCAUCAGAGAGUGUGGAGGUAAAAUGCAUUUGAGAGAAGGGGAGUUUGAGAAGGCUCACACAGACUUCUUCGAGGCGUUUAAGAACUACGAUGAAUCAGGAAGUCCUCGACGAACCACCUGUCUGAAGUACCUGGUGUUGGCCAACAUGCUGAUGAAGUCUGGAAUCAACCCAUUCGACUCACAGGAGGCUAAACCCUAUAAAAAUGAUCCAGACAUCCUUGCAAUGACUAACUUGGUCAGUUCCUACCAGAACAAUGACAUCACAGAGUUUGAGAAGAUCCUGAAGACCAAUCACAGUAACAUAAUGGAUGAUCCGUUCAUAAGAGAACACAUAGAAGAGUUAUUACGAAAUAUAAGGACGCAAGUGCUUAUCAAAUUAAUCAAGCCUUACACGAGAAUACACAUACCUUUUAUUUCCAAGGAAUUAAACAUCUAUGUCUGCGACGUGGAAAGCCUGCUAGUUCAGUGCAUUCUAGACGGCACGAUCAACGGCCGCAUCGACCAAGUCAACCAACUGUUGGAGCUGGAUCACCAGAAGAGGAACGGAGCCCGAUACAUGGCUUUAGAUAAAUGGACGAAUCAGCUGAAUACUCUCAACCAGGCCAUCGUCAGCAAACUGGCCUAAUCAGUAGUGUAACUGAAAAAGUUACUAAUUCGAUGUUGAGGGGGGGGGGGGGGGGUGUAUAUCAACAUGAGUAGUGAGUUAACCCAAUUCGCCUCAUUUACCAUAGCAGUAAGCUUCCUUUUCAAGAUGACAGUAAUAGAUUGAUGAUCUCCACAGCUUCCAAUAUCUAACUUACAGUCACUUCCUGUUAUGUGACAGAAUAUUUAACGGUAGAAGUCAGAGGUGCCAGUUGCCCAGCUUGUGUUUCUUGGCCUAGGGCCUCUCUACUGGUCACAGAUUAAUAGUCCUGAACUAAGGAGCAAGAUCAAUGACAGUUUUUUUUUUUUUGUUGUGAUGUCAAACUCAUCUUAAUCUGUGGGAAACCGGUCCCUAGUGUCCCAAAACCAACAGAGAGAAGACUGUAAAAAUCCAUUUCCUAUCGAAGAAACAUGUCCGCUCUACCACAGUAUUGCCCCCUUCUAAUGAAAUGUGAAUACGCAAAUGUAUUGAAGCAUUAAUGAUGGUGAGCAGUGAGAAGGUUUCAUGUCAAAAUCAGCAAUGGCUUUUUCUGCAAGAUGUCCAGUGAUCGCUGUACAGUCUUUCAUAAAAGGGAGCUCCAGAUUUCAUGUGGUACAUUGUUGUGACACUGUUCAAAACACAUUUUAUCUUUUGUUUUGUUACUGAAAUAAAAAAAAGGUAAUUUUUGCUUCACUCUAACU